GACUUUAAAUAGAGUAAUACAGGGAAUUAUUAUUUGCCCUGCAAAUAUCUAAAGGGUAUUGUAUACAUAACUCACGCGAGCAACUUUGUCUAUUGAAUAAUCGACAAACUAAUAGAACGGUAUAUAUUCACGUGAAAUUGAUUUUGUGAGUACACUACUGUGCUAGCGUCCAUGAUUUAUUGAGACUGCAGAAGAAAGAACAAAAGGCCAUGGCACAUAUUCAAGGAUUUCUCGUAAUAACCUUACUGGCUUGGGCCGCAGUCAGUGUCUCUGCAACAACUCCAGAACUUUCCACGAUGACCGGUGAAACUGUCAACAUACCAUGUCUCUUCGAAAACGCCACGAUACGUAACCUCUUUUGGUACUACAACAAUGGUACUGAGCGUCACAAUAUUUUGUCCCUUGCCAAGGGGCAGUUAACAUUAGGAGCAGAAUAUGCAGAUCGGGCAAGUUUGCAAGACGACAAUUCGACGCUCAUCCUGAAAGAUAUAACCGUUACAGAUGAGGGGACCUAUCGCUGUGACGUUGACCGGCAAGGCCAAACGCCAGUGCUCAAUAUCAACACCAAGCUUAAUGUGUUCAGUCUUCGCCCUGAUACGCUUCCAGUGAUCACACCUAAUUGCACCGGGGCUGACGAGUCUUCACCUUGCAGCGUUCUUACCAACCAAUCCUUCAUCCUUACCUGCGCACUCCCCAACGUUUAUCCUGUUGAAGAUACUGAACUCAUUUGGUAUCGGGAUGGAGAACGUGUCUCGUCUACCGAUGACGUGACGCAGAACGAUGACGGGACCACCGAUAUCAGUCGACAUAUUCAGGUGUCUGAAACAGGAAACUUUACCUGUAACACCACAUAUCUUACGGCUAAUGGAAGAGAGAACACAGCCGUAUCGGUUGAAGUAUGGAUCAUACCACCAGAAGAUGUACCAAACACAUCCGGAAAGAACUUGAUAAUUGGUCUUGUAAUCGCAGGGAUAACGAUCAUUGUGUUGCUUGUAAUAGGCAUCUUCCUUUUCAUCUGUCGUCAGAACUCAAGAGAAAAUGGAGAUGCUCCAACUUCUCGGAACAGGAACGAUGAUCCCCAACAACAAGGUCAAGAACUCCUUGAUAGAUCACCAGGAAUCAGCCCUAAUACUCAACAUGGUAAGAUCAUUUAA